AACUUUCAAUUAGUUUUCACAUUUGAUACAAAAUUAGCAUUUUUUUUAACACACAUUCAUUCAAAGUUUUCCGGCGAAAAAUUCAAAGUUUUCCGGCGAAAAUUCGCCGGGAGCUGAGGUUGACUCGUCGGAGCUAAAAUUCGCUCGUUCGCUAAAAUGAAACGAAGAGGAAAGAAGAUUUCAAAACUCAGAGAUGGCGAACGAGUCGACUCAGCAGAUCGAAUCGAUAAAACAAUUAGAAAAAACGAUCAGAAAUUAGAUCGGAGAAAAAAAUUGGUAAAAUACGAAGCAUUACCUGAAUAUCUUCAGGAUAACGAAUUCAUCAGAGAUUAUUAUCGAUGUGAAUGGCCUUUGAAGGAUAUUGCUCUCAGCUUAUUUUCAUGGCAUAAUGAAACGCUAAAUAUAUGGACGCAUUUGGGAGGAUUCGUGGUGUUUGUGACAUUGACAGUGAUGAGUUUGACGGAGAAGACAACGACGGUGGAGAAUUUGUUCGCCGGAAUUUUCAGAGGAACGGGUGAUGAAUGGAUGAAUAUGAAGAAUAAUGGCUCCGGCGAUUCUUUUCCGGACUCUUAUGCCAGACAAAUAACAAAUCCAUCAUUUCUAGACAUAAAUAGAGAUGGUUAUGAAGUAGCCAUAUGGCCUUGGUUUGUUUUCUUAGGAGGAGCUAUGGGUUGUUUAAUAGCCAGCACACUUUCCCAUUUAUUUGCUUGCCAUUCACUUAGAUAUAACCUCUUCUUCUGGAGAUUAGAUUAUGCUGGCAUUUCACUCAUGAUAGUCUGUUCUUUCUUUUGCCCAAUUUACUAUAUCUUCUGUGAUCAACCACACUGGUGUAUCUUUUACCUAACCACCAUUACUAUAUUUGGUAUACUUGCCAUCAUCACCCUCCUCUCCCCGGCCCUCUUCUCCGGUCGUUUCAGAUCCUUUAGGGCUACUCUGUUUCUAGCUAUGGGUUUCUCAGGACUGAUCCCAGCUACACAUGCACUUUUCCUUCACUAUGGUCAUCCACAAGUACUAUUGGCUCUAAGUUAUGAGAUAAUCAUGGGCAUUUUGUAUGCUACUGGGGCAGUAUUUUACAUGACAAGAUUUCCAGAAAGAUGCAAACCUGGUGCAUUUGAUCUUGUAGGACAUAGCCAUCAGAUCUUUCAUGUGUUCGUCGUUGCAGCAGCACUAGCACAUUGUGUAGCAUCCCUCGUUAUUAUGGACUGGCGACGAGGUAUGGGAUUGCCCACCCUGCAAUGAAUCAUAUGAUAGGGUAGACAUGGCUGCAAAGGGGGGAUUGAAACUUCAACAUUCUUUUUCACACAAUUAGGAGUUAGGUUAAUGCAUGUACUCCAGCAUUUUGUACAUAACUUAUUUUUUUUGUACUUCGUAAUGUUACUGGAAGUUUCAAUUAAUCCACCAUCACAUUGAUUCUCUUGAAGUGCUUA